GCGAUAUCUUCCCAGGUUGACAAACAAGGAAGAGCCGUUGUGUCGGGUUGUUGUGUUUGUUUGGUACGUCGCAAAAAUGAGUGCGGUAAAGUCUUGUUGGAUUCUUCUCAGUUUUUUCUACUUAAUUGCAAGCACCUCCGGAUCAUCCGAUGUCUUUGAUGGUGUUUUGGGAGACUCGGCGUGUUGUCAUAAAACAUGUCAGAUGACGUACAGUUUGCACACUUAUCCACAGGAAGAGGCUCUGUACGCCUGUCAGAGAGGAUGUCGUCUCUUCUCCAUUUGUCAGUUUGUUGGUGACAGCAAGGAUCUCAACGAAACAAAGUCUGAAUGCGAGUCAGCCUGCCGCGAGGCCUACACCCAGUCAGAUGAGCAGUAUGCGUGUAAUCUUGGAUGUCAGAGUCAGCUGCCAUUUGCAGAGCAAAGAAUGGAGCAGUUGUUGACGAUGGUGCCCAAAAUCCAUCUGUUGUACCCGCUGACUUUGGUAAGGGGUAUUUGGGACGACAUGAUGAGCCAGGCUCACAGUUUUAUCACCUCGUCCUGGACAUUUUACCUCCAGGCAGAUGAUGGCAAAGUGAUCAUUUUCCAGUCAGAGCCGCAAGUUCAGUUUUUCUCUCAGUUGGACUUACAGACAGAAGAUACAGAGCAACGGAGCGCUUUAAAUCCAGGAAUGAACAACCCUGUUUACAAAGACUAUCCAAGGACCUUAAUUCAGGAGAGAGACCGAGACAUGUUCAUGGAUCGUAGCAACACUGAGUUUGAUUACAACUUUUUCAGCUGUUUCUCAAGGAACCCAUGGCUGCCUGGCUGGAUCCUGACCACCACUUUGGUUCUGUCUGUCAUGGUUCUGAUCUGGAUCUGUUGUGCCACAGUGUCCACUGCUGUUGAGCAGCAUGUUUCUGCUGAGAAACUAAGCAUAUAUGGUGAUAUGGAGUACAUGAAGGACCAGAAACCGAUCCCUUAUCUACAGUCCUCUCUGGUUAUCAUCAGAUCUUCUGGACAGGAACAGGAGGCAGGACCCCUGCCAUCAAAGGUCAACCUGGGUCAAUCUAACAUUUAAAGGCCACCCUUCAAUAAACAUCUCAAGGAUUUGCGGGUGCCCCCAAUUGUUAAGUCUUAUGAAUCGAUAUUUGGUCUUUUCGGUCACAAUUGUGAUUAUUGCUUUAAGCUCAUUUACUACGAAUUAUGUUUCUCCUUUGAUAAAUUUGAGAGGCGUGGACUACUAAAUAUUUUGUCUGUUUUGGCACUUUAGAGGCAUUACCUAUCAGAAUGGAAGCUAUGUAGGAUAUCAGUUUUCCCUGAAUGUUUACUACCAAUUUGUAGAGAUUUUUGAAGUGUUUUUGGUGUAAUGAGUAACAGUUACCUACUAUUUUUAAUUAUUUUUUAGAUAUCUCAGCUAUGGUGCGUAACUGUAAAAAAACCAUAGUAAUCAAUUUCAGGCAAUGUAAAUGAAAAUAUUUUGCAAUUUUUAAUUUGUCAACUUAAUAUUGUUAAUAAACGAACCUACCAAAAUGUGAAAA